AUGAAAAUAGCCAUUGAUAGGGGGCGCGUUGGUGCUCUCCGAGGGUUUCUGGAAGCUGGAAUGAGUCCCUCUUUGAUGACUCCCAAUCGAUUGCCGCUACUCUCUGAGGCGCUAAUGUAUCAACGGGUAGACGCCGCCAAGCUGUUGCUCGAGUAUGGGGCUGAUCCAUGCGGUGGGUGCUGGUAUUGGUGCACAACCCCGCUUCAUUAUGCAGUUCGCUAUACGGGCCCCAGCAAUUGCAUGAUCGAACCACUGCUUAACGCAGGAGCCAAGGCCGAGGGUAUCGAGCUUUGGAGAUGGCUUUUUGACCACCAGAAUCCCGCGAAACACCUGGAACAGGCACUGGCGAAUGGUUCCAAUUUCAAAAGGAUUCGAACUGAUUAUGGGGACCUAUCAGUUCUCUACGCUCUUUCGGCAUCCAACGUCGACUUGCUCACCGUGUGUUUAGGUGAUAUGAUCUUGGAAAAGUGGCCGGAGCUUCUCAAUAGCUGCGAUGAUCGCUACGGAACAGUCCUCAAAUACGUUCUGGCAAGUCCCAUUGAGCCGAGGAACGCCAUUUACUUCCUCGACCGAGGAAUUGACCUACGUGGUGGAGAGCUACAAGACGCCAUUGAUCUUAGACGAGGGCACGAAAUCCAUGGCUGGAAGGCAAACCCCGCACGUAUUCGCGAGACUGACAGCAUCAGGCGCACUAUCAUAGUGAAACUUUUGGCGCACCCCCAAGUCGACCUCAACACUGCUAGCAUGUCGUACUCGGGAAAGGUUGAAAAACCGCUGAUAGCCGCUUUUGUUCGCGCUGAUAUUGAAACCGCAAGGAUGAUUCUCGAACAUCCGGCCUUCCAACCCGACGCAGAGGAUAUUUGUGUCAUGACUGACAAACUCUCGCGCGAGCGUCCGAACGGAGCGAAUUAUGAAAGACAGAUUCAGGGAGAAGUACUGAAAAUGACGGCUAGACGUCUCGCAAUGAAUUUCUAA